AUGUCUUCGGCUGUGCGUUUGUGCAACAGCUUCAGCCGCUCCAAAUCCAACAAUCUAGCUCAGCAUUUCUUGGGACAAACAAUUGCGAGUCCGCGGUAUACACACACAUCCUCCAACGCGAUUCGAAAGAAAAGUUCGUCAGCAGGAAAACUGGAAAGGCAAAAAACAGGGGAGUCUGGGUAUCUAUUAACCAAGGCCGAUGACUUGAUCAACUGGGGAAGACAAAGCUCACUUUGGCCUUUGUCAUUUGCCCUUGCUUGCUGUGGAGUCGAGAUGAUGCAUACUUCCAUGCCGCGCUACGACCAGGAUCGAUUAGGCAUCAUUUUCCGAGCCUCUCCAAGACAGGCCGAUGUCAUGAUCGUGGCCGGCACUGUCGCUAACAAGAUGGCUCCUGCAGUGAGGCAACUUUACGAUCAGAUGCCUGAGCCUCGAUGGGUUAUUAGCAUGGGCAGCUGUGCCAAUGGCGGAGGAUAUUACCACUACAGCUACAAUGUGGUACGAGGAGUGGAUCGCAUUGUACCAGUGGAUAUUUAUGUGCCGGGCUGUCCACCAACAGCUGAAGCGCUGCUUCAGGGUAUAUUUCUUCUCCAGAAGAAAAUGCGACGGACGCAAGUGACGAGAAUGUGGUACAGGCGCUGA